AUGGCAGCAACUGGAAUAACAGGUGUAAAUGUUUCUAUUGCUCUUUGCAAUGCUUUACCAGGAACUAUUCCUGCAGCUACAAAACAUAAGGUAUUGCACCUUCUGGCAUUUUCCGGCUAUCCUAAAGUUAGACGUAUCAUUUUUAUUAUUAUCUUAUUAAUGUAUUUACUCUGCAUACUUGGGAACGUGCUUGUCGGUAUAAUUGUGUGUCUCACUCCCCGUUUGCAUACCCCGAUGUACUUUUUUCUGGGAAACCUAACGAUCCUUGAUAUUGUGUAUGUUUCUGUAAUCUUGCCAAAGCUUCUGGUCAUUACUAUCACAGGUGACACCGGCAUCUCCUAUCCAGGUUGUAUUACACAAAUAUUCUUCUAUGUUUUCUCUAUUGGAACAGAGUUUUUCUUAUUGACUUCAAUGGCUUAUGACAGAUAUGUGGCCAUUUGUAUUCCAUUACACUACAAUGUGAUAAUGAAUAGAAGGACAUGUGUGAUAUUGGCCAUAUUAUGUUGCACUAUUGGGACUUUUAACUCACUGAUGUAUGCAUUGCUUAUUUCACAAUUAUUGUUUCCCAUUUCCAGUGCAAUCAACCAUUUCUUUUGCCAUAUGAAGUCAGUAAUUCGUAUCUCCUGCAAUGACAGCACACGUAUUGGAAUCCUAAUUACUGUUGAUGGUAUUGUUUUAGGGUUUGUCACCUUCAUAUUGAUUCUCACAUCUUAUAUGUACAUCAUAUCUACAAUUCUAAAGAUCCAUACAUCCACCGGGAGACUUAAAGCAUUUUCUAGCUGUUCCUCUCACAUCAUCAUCGUUGUUUUAUUUUGUCUGACAUCUCUCACUCUUAACAUGAAACCAGAAAUGGAGUCUUCUCAGGAACAGGACAAAAUACUCUCAAUGGUGUAUAUUGCUGUAGUUCCAAUGUUAAAUCCAUUAGUAUAUAGUCUAAGAAAUAAAGACGUUCUAAAAGCUAUAAAUGAAGUUAUUUCAAAAAUCAAAAAUAAGGUAUGUGCCAACUGA